AUGAUCUUUUCCUCCUGUCUCGCCGUUGCUGCUCUGGCUUUGUGGAAGACUGCGAGCGGGUCGCUUGUUUCAAACAAUGUGACCCUUAUCAAUGAACACUAUGCCAAUCACAUAUUCAACGCCAUACACUCCUCGAUGAGACAAUGGGGCUCCUCGUGGAACCAUAAUGGCAUGUCGUUCUUCUUGGCCACAGUGCCCAAGGACACGCUGCUCUACCACGGCUCGCACGAUCCAGGGCCGGUCACGGGGAUCAAUUGGCUUGCCUUCGAACCAGAACACGGUUUGUUCUUUGCCAGCCCCUGGUUCGACAAAAGACGAAAGGACGGUGCGCAACAGACGGCCCAGAUACCUUUGUAUGGAGAUACAGACAGUAACCCGCUCCAACCGGGCUGGCUCCAUACGUAUGCUGCGGCCGAGGACCUGCGUCUCCUGUAUAUAGAUGGCCUCUCCGCUGCCAAAACGGGCAUGGGAACUCUGGAUACCCAGGACCGCAUCCUGUUCAAUGACAGCAUCACUCAACCACAUCAGGACUUGGAACGAGCUGAGCUGGCCUGCAAGCUCUUCCGGGACGAUUGGGAUAACCGGAUCGACGGGAUCAUUCGCAUGGAGUCCGGAUUCGAAAUCAUCCUGUGUGAUUUCGCUCGAAACCUGAGGACCGUCCGCGUCACGCGUGCCAGUCCUUAUGAUGCGAGAGAUGGGCCUCUUCUGCCGGGUGGCACCAGGAACGACUUGUUUCGACUCUACAAGGUGAUUGCAUCGCGGUUUGAUGGGAUCGGAGGAGGUCGUGUCCGACUCAAUUACGAUCACUUUGUCACCGCCUAUAACUACGAUGUCGAUCUGUUCCUGGACGGAGGGAAGCUGCCUCGACUGGCCCAUCUGCCCGCUGAAGCUCUGGAGCCAAUGAAGCAAGAUCUCCGCAAUCUGGUCAUGACACAUGAUCCUUUCGAGAAGUCAGUCGACUGGCAAGCGAUUGCUGACAUGAUUGUCGAGCGCUAUGCGCGAGAUUUGAAAUAUUUCGUUUCCGGCAAGCUCUCGUCGACGAGAGAACUGCAUUUUGAGAUCGAACGCGUUCUGCGUCCCUUUAUUAAUUUCGAUGCAAGAGAUAGUAUCCGCGAGAUUGAGCGCUGCGCGACGCAAUUUCUUCCAGACAGCUUGCCCUACGACACUGUCGCUGCUGGCGCAGUCACUGCGGUCUCCUCCACCAUCUGUACAGUAUUGGUGAGGAGUCUACAGGAAGACGACUAUGAAACGAUCAUCACGAGUCUGGAGCGUCUCAUCGACUAUCUCUCCUGGACCGUCUGGAAGGACUGCCCGGAGAAAUGCGACUGGAAUGAGGUCUGCUUCAUCCCUAUCUGGCCAGCAGGGACGGUGGAGGAUCAUGAGCAUCCUCACUGUAAGGAUAAGCCUUCGUCCGGAGGCAAGAGCUACUGGGACAGGCCGCCUGGCCGCCCUGAGUCUCAGGAUGAUAUGCUCCUAUACCGAUAUGAUGAGCUCUAG